AUGAGCUACGGGGUCUCGUUGGAGGACCUGCGCUCCUUGAUGGAGUGCCGGGGCGCCGAGGGCAAGGAGCGCAUCGACGCCGAGUACGAAGGCUUCGAUGGCCUGUGCAAGCGCCUAAAAACCGACCCCCUCAACGGGUUGCCGAACACGACGGAGGAGUUGGAGAGGCGACGCGCCGUCUUCGGCGCCAAUGAAAUCCCACCCCAUCCGCCCAAGGGCUUCUUCACGUUGGUGUGGGAGGCCCUGCAAGAUGUGACGUUAAUCAUCCUACUGGUCAGUGCGGUCAUUUCCCUCGCCCUCUCGUUUUAUCGACCGCCCGAGAAUCCAGGAGGUAAGCGAAUGCUCCUUUGGCUUUCAUUUUCAAUUUGAGGUAUACGAACCCUUACAAAACCACUUUCACAGACAAUGAAGAGAUAAUAUUUUGAUUUUCAGUCGCAGUAGACGAAUCAGAGCACGACGCCGGAUGGAUCGAAGGUGUCGCCAUUCUGAUUUCAGUAGUUGUUGUUGUUUUGGUGACGGCAUUGAACGAUUACACAAAGGAAAAACAAUUUCGUGGCCUUCAGGCCAAAAUCGAGACCGAACACAAGUUCUCGGUGAUCCGAGGCGGGGUUUCGAUGCAGAUCGUUGUCAACGAAUUGGUCGUUGGUGACAUCGCUCAAAUCAAAUAUGGUAGGUUGACUUCAUAACGUCGCUCAAGAAAUAACUCAAUUUAAGAUAAAUCAUCUUUUCGUAUCCAACUUAUCUCAAUUUUUUAGGUGAUCUCCUGCCCGCUGACGGUGUUCUAAUUCAAGCAAAUGACUUGAAAAUCGACGAAUCCUCACUUACCGGCGAAUCCGACCUGAUCCGAAAGUCCCCCGACCAUGAUCCGAUGCUCUUGUCGGGCACUCAUGUCAUGGAGGGCAGCGGCAAGAUGCUGAUCACCGCCGUCGGAGUGAACUCGCAGACCGGCAUCAUCAUGACCUUGCUGGGAGCGGCCAAGACCGUCGCCGAAGAGGAGCGGAAGCAGCAGAAGCGCGAAGGUUUGUUUGCGUCUCUAUGGCUCGUCGUUACUUUGUCGCUCUAUCUUGUGUUCGGUUCUGUUGCUGGAUAUCUGUACUAUUCGACUUUCAGACUGGAUAUGCUUAGCGAGCCGGAAGCGCGGCCGAUUUCCGGCUGCGUACGCGAUAUCUUCGAAUAUCGCCGGUUGCAGAUUUCAUGCCUCAUUUUUUCGCGCAAUGCCGUCAAUGCAAGCCGCAUUGUCGGCGUUCGCAUUUCAAAAUCUAUCCGUUUUCACGGCGUAUUUCCAAAAUCUUUCCGUUUUCUGAGUUGUGACGCUUAAAUGGGCCCGGAGCGUGGAUCCAAAAAUUAAAAUUUUUCUUCUUUUAGACCGACGAACUCGACGCAAAAGCAAAGCAUCAGGUAGGCAAAAAUACGACACGUAUUUUUGGAACGUCUGUCUUGCAUCAUUUGUCAUUUCCGCACCGAGUUUGUUUCACAUCUUAAACACACAGCCAACGAAAUAACAUUUUUUUCCUUCUCACCGGCAAAUUUUCCUUCCAAUUUCUGCUCAAUACAAGGCCUAAUUUGGCAGGCAAAUUUAAGCCAAAGUCCUAAUUUUUCGGGCAUUUCUUGACUAACAUUUUAUGCGCGGUUUCGGAAGGGACGUCAUGAGAACACCACCAACUUCCCACGGAACAAAUGGACGUUGUCGAACGACACAGAAUCCAAUUUAAGCACCUCUCUUUCCGUUUAUAGUGCACCUCUUCCAUUCACUAUUAGUUCACAAAUGUUUCCCUUCGAAUAACCUGAGUUUACAGUGCGAAUUCGACGCUCCAUUCCGUACAAUGCGAGUCUGGAAGGUAAGGGCUGAAUCUGAUUUCGGUUUUUGAGUGCCAGAGGGGAUAGCAGUCUUAAUAAGGCGCCAUGGGCAUACCCAUUACUUUACGAACCGAAAGUCGAACCGAGGUGUUGUUAACCACCUUCUUUUCAACCUUUACUUACUCCCAACCGAUUUUAACAACCUGCUAGCCUAACCUCAGCGGCUCUUCGGCCGAUACCGCUUUGAAAACGCGAGUAACAAUACUGUUGUAUACUCAUCGUCUCGUAACAUUUGGUUUGUGAUGUCGUCAAGCUCAGUUCAUAACGCUUUUCUCUUUUUUGCUUACCGCACGGUGUGAGGCUAUAAUAUUGCGCGGCUUUGCACGUUCGAGGACUCAGAGCCAUUUGCGGUCCAGGCUCCGAAUAUUACGCGCUUCUGUUUCACUCAACAUCGUCGUCUUGCUCUUGAGGUCUCUCAUUUGUCCAGAACAGAACCGGAACACAAUGUCUAACAUGAAUCGAGAGUCUAUUCUUGUCGCUUGGCUUCCGUGUCGUCAAAUGUUGACGGCCAGAGCCACCGCUUUGUUGUGAUUGGUCUCAAGCAAACGUUUCUUCAGGCGUCGAACCCCCGGCCAUCACCUUAGACGAUGGAACAAAGCAGGCGCUUCUCACCGAAGACCGUAAGUCAUUUGGCCAAGAAAACGUUGUUUUACGACCGUGUUCGAAAGGGUUUUGGCUUAAGUUUUAGUGAUUGUUAUGCGUAGCUGAGUAGAGACUGUGCGUACUGUACACCGUGUUGUGGUUGAAAGCUGAAUACAUUUUAGUUUGGUAACAGCCGAAGAGAGCUAUCGGGAGAGAUAUAGUUCGUAAUUUCGGAACCCACAGCGCAUCACUGAUGCUGCAAUUUUGCCACUCCCUAACUAAACAGUUAUUUUCCGCAUUUUUCGACGGUUUAACGCCAGGGGUGUUUUCCUUUCAAUUUCGGUCCUUAAAGUUUUAAAUUACUUUUAACAUAGACAAGAAUUUCCAUGGAUGAAAAGCUGCGUUCAAGUAGAAACCCAAUUUUUUAGACAUCAAAUUGGAUGGUUACAACGGCGCCGCAGCUGGUGCAGCCCUUCCAAAGGGAGAAGAAGGCGAGCAAAAGAAGGAACGGUCCGUUCUUCAAGCCAAGCUCACCCGACUGGCCAUUCAAAUCGGAUAUGCUGGAUCGUUCGUCGCUGCCUGCACAGUGCUCAUCCUGAUCAUCCGAUUCUGCAUCUCCAACUACGGAAUCGACGGAAACGCCUUCUCAUUGGCCGACUUCCAGUUCUUCAUCAACUCGCUGAUUAUUGGUGUGACGGUGUUGGUCGUGGCCGUGCCUGAGGGUCUUCCUUUGGCCGUCACCUUGUCCUUGGCGUACUCCGUCAAAAAGGUUUGCAUCUUACACGUUUUUUUGAUUUUAUUCUUAGGUAAAAAACGCCAUGAAUAGCUGGAAUACACUAGUUUUGAUUAUUAACUCUUUGUUUGUAGAUGAUGUUGGACAACAACUUGGUUCGCCACUUGGAUGCCUGCGAAACCAUGGGAAAUGCGACAAGUAUUUGUUCUGAUAAGACUGGAACCCUCACCACCAACAGAAUGGCUGUGGUUCAGUCAUUCAUCAACGAUCAUCACUACAAAGAGACUCCCAAAUUCGAGAGCCUCAACCAGAAGACCCGCGAUUUGAUCGUAACUCUCAUCUCGGUCAACUCCAGUUAUUCCAGUCUUGUUAUCCCAUCGAAACAACCCGGAGGACAAGCUGAUCAACUUGGAAACAAGACUGAAUGUGGUAUGCUUGGCUUCGUUCUUAACCUAGGACAAUCUUACCAAAAGAUCCGUGAUCAAUACCCUGAAGAGAAGAUCUACAAGGUCUAUACCUUCAACUCGGUCCGAAAAAGCAUGUCGACUGUGUUGGAAAACAACGACGAUCGCAAGGGCUUCAGAGUCUUCACCAAGGGAGCUUCCGAGAUCAUCCUGAAGAAGUGCAAAUGGGUCCUUGGCAAAGAUGGAGUCGUCCAGAAGUUCUCUGAGAAGGAUCAAGAACGUCUUGUUCGGCAGGUCAUUGAACCGAUGGCUUCUGACGGCCUGCGUACUAUCGGACUCGCCUACAAAGACUACAGGCCAGGAAAUGCUCAAGCAGAAAACGAGAUCAACUACUCCGGAGAGAUCGACUGGGAAAACGAGGACGAGGUGAUCAGCCAGCUCACUCUGUUGGCCAUUGUUGGAAUCCAAGAUCCGGUCAGACCUGAAGUGCCGGAGGCUAUUGCUCGCUGCCAGUCUGCGGGAAUCACCGUCAGAAUGGUUACUGGUGAUAACAUCAACACUGCUCGUGCCAUUGCCACAUCUUGUGGAAUUCUCAGACCUGGAGAGGACUUUAUUGCUCUAGAAGGAAAGGACUUCAACGCUAGGUAAGUAAUCGCUAUUAUCCUUGUUUUUUCUAAAAAAUCAUUGAUAAUCAUUUUCUCUUCAGAAUCCGCGACGAGAAUGGGGAAGUCUCCCAAGCCAAAUUGGAUCAGAUCUGGCCUAAACUUCGUGUCUUGGCUCGAGCUCAGCCCUCUGACAAAUACGUUUUGGUCAAGGGUAUCAUUGACAGUAAAAUCAGCGAUAACCGGUAAGGUUUUACAUUAAAUUUUGAACACUCUAGGUAAUGCCAUAACCUUCAUAACGCGCAACUUUUCAGCGAAGUCGUAGCUGUAACUGGUGACGGUACAAACGACGGUCCCGCCUUGAAGAAGGCCGAUGUUGGAUUUGCCAUGGGUAUUGCGGGUACGGACGUGGCCAAAGAAGCCUCGGAUAUUAUUCUGACUGAUGACAACUUUACCUCAAUUGUCAAGGCCGUCAUGUGGGGUCGGAAUGUCUACGAUUCCAUUGCCAAAUUCUUGCAAUUCCAACUCACCGUCAACGUUGUCGCCGUGGUUGUGGCGUUCGUCGGAGCGUGUGCCAUUCAAGACACUCCUUUGAAGGCUGUUCAAAUGUUGUGGGUCAACUUGAUCAUGGACACACUGGCUUCGCUGGCGUUGGCAACAGAAAUGCCAACCAUGGACUUGUUGAACAGAAAGCCUUAUGGUCGUACUAGCCCUCUGAUUUCAAGAACCAUGUCGAAGAACAUCUUGGGUCAUGCCAUCUACCAGCUGGUCAUUUUGUUCGUCCUCAUCUUCGCUGGCGAGAAGUUCUUCGGCAUUGAUUCGGGACGUUGGGCGCCGCUUCACGCUCCACCAUCUGAACACUUUACAAUUGUCUUCAACACUUUCGUCAUGAUGACACUGUUCAACGAGAUCAACGCCAGAAAGAUCCACGGAGAAAGGAACGUGUUCCGAGGGCUGUUCACCAACCCAAUCUUCUACAGUAUCUGGGUGGUGACCAUGAUCACGCAAGUCAUUAUUGUUCAAUAUGGUGGCAGAUGGUUCUCAACUGCUCCAUUGAAUCUUGAGCAGUGGCUGUGGUGUGUCGCCUUCGGCGUCGGUGGACUUUUGUGGGGACAGGUAAGUUCUUCUCCCCGCAGCAAAUAUUUGUUAUCAUUCAGCCGAAGAAUCAUUAUUUGACGCGCUGAAUUUCAGGUAGUCACCACCAUCCCCACCAGUGGUCUGCCUCGAAGCUUCACCAUUGGCUCCGGAGAAGUGGAAUCCGCCGAUGACAUCUUCAACAACGAAUACGACGAUGCAGAGACCCACGAAAAGCGAUCUGGUCAGAUCCUGUGGAUCCGCGGUCUGACUCGACUCCAAACUCAGGUUGGUUUCUGUGGAAAAAUGGGGCCCUCUAGCUGAAUGUGAGAGUCUCCUAGGUACUGAAAGAAUCGGAAUUCUUUUUCCGGACGAGAAUACCUAUUUCGUCACAUCCGAAGACCAUUCGCGGACAUCGGUCCCGGUCUUUACACUCCUUCUAAACCAACUCCCGCAAAUCUCCGAAAAAUGAGUGCUGACCCUUGAAGCGAGUGCUGAAAAAGUUGCGUUGAAUAUCAGAGGAGAUAAGGCACCAGUCACAGUAAAAAAGUAUUCGUACGAAAUUUGUGGAAAACCCCUAGCCACUUUAGACGAACCAUGAACUUUGAACGAGAGUUUCUUGAUUUUUAUAUAUAAAGUGUACGAGUUUUUUAUUAUUAUUUCAUUUUAUAUUCGUAUUUUCAUUUUUUUACGAUGAUUUCUGCAUAAUUUUUAUUUUCAAAUACUUCUUGGUUUAAGUCGAUUGAGAGAAAAAAGAGUCAACCAAACCUCAGCCGCUGCGUAAUCAUGAUGAUAUUGCUGUGUUCAUAUAUUCCUGAGUUCCGUGUGAAGAUGUCGUACAUUGUGAGAGUGAUGUUGUAAGAGUAUUUUUGAGAGUUCUUAAAGUGUUGAAUUCUGCGCAUCGUCUGAAGUUCGACCGAAAAAACCGCUAGAGAAUCGAAAAACAGUACCCCAAACCCUCCUAUAAUCGAAUAAUAACUCAAACAGAUACUGUAAAUUAUAAAGAAAAGCCCGUUACCGUUUAUUCCGAUCCUCCUAGAGAAGCACCAAACUCCUUUCACCGAAAAUCCCUUUCUUUUCGCUAAAACUUGGCUAAUUUUCAACCAUUUUCUUGUCACUUACCCCUAUCUGCACCGAGCUUACGCUUCUGUACCCUUUGAUGGCGUUUGUAAUUUUAUAUUGUGUAACCAUUUUCAACACCAGCCACCACAUGAUUCGAUGAACGUUGAAGCGGCAUUCAGCUGGUAAAACAUGCUUGCGUAUUUUUCUUCUUGACCGUGCGCUUGGAAGUCGCUACAGCGAACACCAAUAGUUUUUGGAGACUCGGUACCGACUUCCACGCCGUCGACUCGCUUUCGUAGUGGACUGAAAUUUUCUGGUUGGUUUGGGUUUUUUUCAUCUUCAAAGUUCAUGGGCAGUCGCAUGUGAUUUUUAUUUUUUUAUAUUUUUUUGAUUUUUUCGAUUAUUUUUCGAUUCUUUUUGAAUAUCGAGUGCCUUCUUUACGUCACUCUGAUCAAUGUAAUUUUUUCUUCCAUUUGGCAUUCAAUAACUUUUGCUUUUUCCUUCCUGAUUUCCCCUGCUGUUCGUGAAAGGGCAUGCCUACUUUUUGGAGCCGAUGUAAACCUUUUUCGUCCCGGCUUUUCUAGGCUAGACCACCGUUUCCUUCGGUUCACUAAUCGGUGAUUUUUUCCGUUUUCGGUUAAAACUCCGAUUCGUUUUUGUUGUUGCCUCUGAAUUUCGUCGAGCCGAACGGCCAACGGUAUUUUCGGUGAAGGACUUUGGUGUUGAAGGGAGAUAACCUCUAACUAAACCCCCCUUUUCUAACCCACGAAUGCUCCGUAGAUAAUAUAAAAGCAACCUGUAACAAUUACUAAUAAACGCGGCUGCAGUUGCGUGUGGUGAAAGCGUUCCGCUCAACCCUCGACGAGUUCGACGAGCGCCGCUCGACGGCCAGCUCGCAGUCGUUCCAGUCGAUGCGAGGGCUCUCUCAUCUGCAUCGACUGUCCAAUGGGCCAAGCCAUCUGCAAGACGGUCUUGUGGGGUUCAACCGACGAACGUCGAACAUCUACAUCCACACAGGUGCGCAUAAGACCGUCUCCAAGGAGAACUCGGCUCCUCAUCGUCCAAACGGAUCUACUCCGCGUGUUGAGAAUAACACUUACACUGAAAAUGGGCGUUACGGAGCUUGUCCUAUAACCCAGCCUCCUAUGAGUCCGACAACAGCCACGCAAAACAUGGUGGCGUACCUGCCCGCAGAUAAAGUCGAGAAAAUCCCGCUAGUUCAACAAUGGACCCCAUCCGGUGGGGCGCGAAGCAGCGUUAAUCGACAUAUUGGCAAAUCCAUGUCAUUGGACACACCCGUCUCGAUCGCGCACGUAUGACAGGCGGAACCGACUAUCAACCAGCAAUCGCAAUAGAAAAGUCCUGCUCAAUGCGAAGGUCUUCCAAUAGGUUUUUUGUUGUCUAACAUUUACGUUUUCCAAAUCCACUUCUUGACCCAGUAGUUGUUGAAAAACUCUUUACAAAAACGGGUGCAUAACUAAUAUUGUCAAAAGUAUACAAACUCUUUAUGCAGAUUACUUCCUAUUCAAAGGUUUGUCUCUCAUUCUUUCAUCCCCACCAAAGAUUCUCAGUCCAUUUCGGGCAGCCCUUUGGCCCGAAGGCAUUAUGCGAAAAUUCUGUGAUCUCAAGGUUCCGUUCAAGAAAACGCGGCGCUCUGGUGACAAUCCUGUUCUCCAAAAAAUACUCUGGUAACUGCCAAAAAAAUCCUCGCAAUUUUCGUUUUUUUCUGAUAAGCGUCCCACGGCAUACAGAUUUAGAAAUACUCGAUAGUGAAACCCAUUAUACCGGUAAAUUUGACAAUUGUUUCGCUUCAUUUUCUUGCGUAAUAAGUUUUUACUGUCUCAGCAAAUAUUUUCCAAUAUAUAUAUAUAAUCGUUUUAACAGACAAAAAUAAAUUUUUAACCUUGAACAUUAAUUUUAUACUAGAUUUCCAAAAGUGUGAAAGGAGCGCUCGAAUAACGGUUGGUUUUUCGAUGUUGUGGUGUGUUUGAGAGAGACUAUUUUUGUGAUCGUGAUAUGGUGAUAUUAUCGUGAGGCUUACGCAGUGGCCGGAUUGGUUGUAAACUUUGAUGCGGAUCAAGAAGUUGUGUCCUGUUAUCGUAGACUAGUUGAAACCUUUGACACCAAUUUUCAGCAUGCUUUUGAGCUGAAAUUCUUGUAAAUUCACUUGCUUUUUUUGGCCAAAUUUGAAACGAAGUAAACGCAGCACACAUUUUGAAAAGUUAUUCCUUAUUUUGUUGGAGUGUACCGAUUUUUUAGGUGAUUGGUGGUGACCGAUGCGCCGAACAUUUGAUUCCCGUUCCACAUAGCUCCGCGCCGACCGACCAAGCCGUAAGCACUAUGCCUUUACUCAACGAAAAAAGCCUUGGGGAGUAGGAAUCUAGGGGUGUGAUGGCAUACCUUCAUGUCAUCAGUUCUAGAACAUCCAACUCGCAGCAAAAUACCGAGGACUUUUUGCACAAAGUAUUACCAUUUUCAGAUUUAGUCUAUUCAAAAUGAGCAAAGAAAAUCAAAAAACCAUAGAAGGUUGCGGUGAUUUUCGUUGGCCGUAUCGUUGUUGUGUAGUCUAUUGAUCGUUGUAAACCUUCUUUAGUACAUAGAAUAGUAGAUAUUUUCAUUUCUGGUUGCGGUAUUCGUGUUGUGAAAAGUUCCCCCAAUUUCAGCGAUAUCCCCCAACCAAUCCGAUGAGACUUUUUGUUUCUUUCCCUCAGUUAUUUUGUUAACCAUCUUCUUUAGUUCCUUCGUAACACAUUACCCUUUCUUAACAUAGUAUUUUUGAGUUCAUUUCUUCUUUACACCCAACUAUAUGCCAAAAAGACUUGUUUCUCCCAUCGAAAAGUCGUUGUUUAGAAAUAUCUAGACGUCAAAUUUCUCUCCGUUGUGUCUUUCCCAAUAUUGUUGGUCCAUUUUCUUCCCCAGACAAGAAUACCCAAAUUCCUCCUGAGUUGAUCGAAACCUUCUAUGACUAUUGAUCUAGGUGUUGAAGGGGAAAUCAAAUCGAAACAAAAAACUUUUUCAUUAUAUGGCUAAGGGCAGUGCAGUGGUGUGUCGGCGUCGGUUGGUCCUAUCUAUUCGAAAGUCGGACAUGACAGUAAAUGGAACGGUGAUGAAAAUGUUUGGUGCUUUUGUCAAGUUUUUUUUGUUUCUUUUCUUUACUUUCCUGAAUGUCGUAUCGGUACAUGGGUAAUAUACUUUUUAACAUCUUUUACAAACUACUAUAAUACAAACGACUUUCCAACUAUCAUGUUUCGUCACCUUUUGUGAAUCACUAAAAUUUCCGGAGUAAACACCUUUUGAGUUAACUAUUCUAUAUAACACUUUCAGUUCCUUUAGUUCCGUGUGCAGUGACCGAAAAUCUAUAAAAAAGCGGGAUAGACCUAGGUUGAAUAGCUAUUUUUUCCACCUGUAGUGAUGUCAGCUCAAUGUUGUACGUUGCGUUCGUCCAGUAAACAACUAACUUUUUCAGAUCCGAGUCAUCAAAGCCUUCCAGCAAGGGUUGGAUCGGCGGGAACCGUCGCUAACCGGUCCUAGCGCGGCGCGCCUACGCGAAAUCUCAAGGCAACUCAAGUUGCAGGCUGAACAAGAAAGUAAGUCGUCCUAAAUGGUAAAAAUAGCGGCAAAAACUUACUUUGUAAGAGCUCUAAAGAGCUUCCGAAAGUAUAAAGCUUACAUUUUGAAAGAUUGAGCAUAUCGAAGUUAUGGCGUGUAAUCUACAUGGCCAAUUGGUCAAAUGACCAUUCGAAGGGUUGGAUUCCCAUAGAAAUCUCACAAGAGGCUAUCCAAAGAGCUGGAUUGGUAGGCAAAUCAUUUACCUCAUACCAAUCCAACUCUUCGCUAGCUUUUUAUGAGAUUUUUUGGUCAAUCCACUCUUCAGUUGGUCGUUGGGACGAUUGAAUAAGUAAAUUACAAGCCAUAAACACGAUCUGCCCAAAAAUGACACCAUUACAAUCCCAUCCCAACUUCUCUUCAGGUAUCAGCCGAUCGAGGUCGCACUCUCGUCAGAACGACGCCAUCAGCUCGGUCUAG